AUGUUGGAAGAGGUUCGACUGGUUAAGCAAGCUUUAGCGGGUCAAAGAGCCGACUUGCCAGAACCAAAUCUGGACGAAGAGCUGGUGGACCGGUUUUUGACUCCCAAGACUGGUUUUUCCGCCGACUGGCUCAAGAGAUUUCAGGGGGACCAGCCGUUAAACCCAGCAAAAUUUAUUAGUGGGCUGUACAGUCUUCCUGAUUUCGAUGAUCGCACUGGUAUUAGAUUCAAAAGAAAAGGUCUGGAAGGCCAUAUUGAGAACUUGGAAGAAUAUACCGUUGUCCAGAAAGAGGGCCAAGAUGGCGCGCUCUCUUUAACUAGAGCUAUGGGUGCUAAAAAGGACUUUGUUCGUGGCCGCUCAGGUCGCCUUCCCUUCAUCCCUGGUGGCCUGGAUAUCAACUCGACAACCGAAUCUAAAGUCAUGCAUACUGAUUCUGAAGGUUUACUUGAUGUUGCGCCUGGUUUGUCUAGAGGAAUGGCUUUGGUCGAGACUGGCAUCGAUCUUGAUGUGCUCGCCUUGGAAGCAGCUGAGAAGGAAUCUACCGGUGAAGAAGAUGAUGAUGAGGACGAAGAGAGUGAGCAACUAGAAGAAACAGAAAUUGAGGUUGAGGAUGAUGAUGAUGACGAGCAGGAGGACGAGGAGGACGACAAUGACAAGCCUCAGACAGCUAUCGACUUCCUGUUGCCCAAAGAGUUUUCGUUUGUUCGUCCUAAAAAGACUGUAGAGCCUCAACAGAAAGCCAAAGUUUGGGCCCACAUGAUGGAUAUCAAUCAGCCGAUCACAAACUUUAGUGAAAUGGUACCCAACCCGGCUCGCACCUGGCCAUUCGAGCUCGACAAUUUCCAGAAAGAAGCAGUUUAUCAUUUGGAGCAGGGCGACUCUGUUUUUGUAGCAGCACACACGUCUGCAGGUAAGACGGUUGUAGCAGAGUACGCCAUGAGCAUGGCUCUAAGGAACAUGACCAAGUGUAUUUACACCUCCCCUAUCAAGGCUCUUUCCAAUCAAAAGUACCGUGACUUUUUACAAGAGUAUGAUGAUAUCGGUAUUUUGACCGGUGACGUUCAAAUUAAUGCUGAGGCUAGUACUCUUAUCAUGACCACAGAAAUUUUGAGAAGUAUGCUUUACCGUGGUGCCGAUUUGAUUCGAGAUGUCGAAUUUAUCAUUUUUGACGAGGUUCAUUAUGUUAAUGAUAGUGAGCGUGGUGUUGUUUGGGAAGAGGUUAUUAUUAUGCUGCCUGACCAUGUCAAAUUCAUCUUACUUUCGGCAACUGUGCCCAACACAUUUGAAUUUGCUAAUUGGGUUGGCAGAACUAAGCAAAAAGACAUCUACGUCAUUUCGACUGAUAAGCGUCCUGUUCCUUUAACACACUACUUGUGGGCCAAAAACAAUGUUUUCGAAGUGGUUGGCCCCACCGGCCAGUUUAACGAGGAAGGAUGGCGCAUGUGCCGCGAUAAGAUUUCGCCCCCUGCCCCUCCUCCGCCGCAAGAUGGCAAAGGCAGAGGUGGUUCCCAAGCUCGAGGUGGGCGUGGCGGUGCUCGAGGUGGGCGUGGAGGUUUACGAGGAGCCGCAGCUGGCAAAUUUGAGAUCAAGCGCCAGGAGGGCAAGCGUGGCAGAUUCAACAAUAAUGCCCCCGGUAAAACUGUGUUUAUGGAUUUGUUCAACAAACUCAAGAAAGACGAGCUCCUGCCUGCUGUGGUUUUUGUCUUCAGUCGGAAAAUGACAGAGCAGCAUGCCAUGUCUAUGCGGGCUCUCGAUUUCAAUACUGGAAAAGAAAAGUCUGAGGUUCACAUGUUUAUUGACCAGGCGGUUUCGCGUUUGCGGAAAGAAGAUCGUGACCUGCCCCAAAUCAUGAUGCUCAGAGAUUUCUUGGGCAACGGUAUUGGCGUUCACCACUCGGGCCUGUUGCCGAUUAUGAAGGAAGUCGUAGAGAUUUUGUUUGCUCGAGGACUGGUAAAGGUGUUAUUUGCAACAGAGACUUUUGCCAUGGGUCUAAACCUGCCCACACGCACAGUUGUUUUCUCGGCUCUAAGUAAAUUCGAUUCCAAGGCCAUGAGAAUGCUUAGUCCUGGCGAAUAUACACAAAUGGCCGGCCGUGCUGGACGUCGUGGUUUAGAUAAGGUUGGAACUGUGAUCAUUCUUCAAAAUGGAGACCAAGUGGCAUCACAGGCUUCGCUCAAGUCGGUUAUUUUAGGCACGCCUACCAAACUGUCUUCCCAGUUCCGCUUAACUUUCACAAUGAUUCUAUCUUUGUUGCGUAUUGAGGCAGUCAGAGUUGAGGAUGUUAUCCAGCAGUCGUUUAGUGAAAAUGCCAAGCAUGUUCUCCGACCUGAGGUUGAGAUCAAGAUUCAAGCCCUGGAAAAGUCCGUUGCCGAGCAAAAGCAAGUUGUAUCGAAACUGGCUAACCUUGAUCAACUAUAUGACUUUGCCAAGCUAAACACCAAGUACCAACUUUUAACUCGACAGCUGUACGAAUUUGCAGCCAUCGCUCUGAACUUGACUGGUCAUUUCUGCGUUUUCAUCUACGACGACAUACGAGCAGUCGGCAUUCUGUAUCGACGUUCUCAUGCUAAGGGUGCGUACUCGGUUGUUUUCGUUUCAAGAAAUUUUCGACCAGGGAACGAUGAUACUCUCAAGAAGCGGGCGGUAAUGAGCGACAAACAUUUCUUGCCAUUUAUAGCUGAUGGCCCACAUUUCAGACGUAUUCCUUCUAAGACCAACAACCGGGUGAAUUUCAGACAGGUUGAAAGCACACAAAUUGAGUUUAUUUCCAAUGUUCGUUUGAAAAACCCUGACAAAAUACUUGCAAAGCCAAAAGGUAUUGAUGAGGUUACUUCAGCUUUCUUGGAAUCUGUGUCGUCUGGCGAAUUUUUCAACGAAGUCUCGUUCGACAAGAUCAAGGCAGUCCAUGCCAAGACAAUGCUAAGUGAUCGAAAAGAGGUUAUGAACGAAAUGAGCAAGUUCAAGUUUGGAUCCUCGUUCAAGUUGAAACAGUUCAGAUCUGUGUUGAAGCUUGUUGAGCUGGAGCAGCAAGUAGCCGGCUUGCGAACUUCGAUGGCCAUUCAGAACACAGAGCUGCUGCCUGACUACGAGCAGCGUUUGGAGGUUCUGAAGGAUGGUAACUAUAUUGAUGAGCAUAUGAACGUCCUUCUCAAAGGUCGUGUUGCAUGUGAGAUUUCCACCGGAUUCGAGUUGUACGUUACUGAGCUGUUGCUGGAUAACUUCCUGGCUAAUUACGAGCCGGAGGAGAUUGUCGCUCUGCUCAGUGCCUUUGUGUUUGAGGGUGCACGCAACCUCGCCAACCAGGCGGUGUCUGUUACACCCAAGCUUGAUCAAGGCAUGCGCAAAUUGCUGGACAUUGUGGAGUAUGUGCAUGAUCUUGCAACCAAGCACCAGGUCAUUCUGACGUCAGAUGAGGAACAGUUUGCUGAAAAAGGCCGGUUCGCACUUAUGCAGGCCGUAUACGAAUGGGCCAAGGGGAUGUCAUUCUACGAGAUCACCCAGCUGACCGAAGUCCAAGAAGGCACGAUCGUUCGAGUCAUUAACCGCCUGGAUGAGGUGUGUCGCGCAGUCAUGUCUGCGGCUAGAAUUAUGGGUGAUAUCGAUCUCUACAAUAAGGUGAAUACUGCUCAGGAGCGCAUCAAAAGAGACAUUGCGUUCUGUUCAUCGCUCUACCUAUAA